GUGAAUUUAGACUGGCGGUGGCGAUUCGUUGUGUGUAGGGAAAGUAAGUUAGUGUAGUCGUCUAACGAAAUAGUUCACAACGACCCCCCCCUUACCAUCUUGGCCACAUUUACGGUUCCCGCCCCGAUUUCGGUUGCAGUGAGGCUCCGCAGGGUUUGGUAUCGUAGCGCAGCUCCAAUUGUGGCUUCUAAAGGGUUGCACUUGUCCUCAGUCCCGAAAGUCGUCGAUUUAUUUAUGUCGCCGCGUACGCCGAGAACCUCGAAUCGGUCUCUCGCGACGCUAAGACGGCCACUACGAUACGCCAAGAUGAACGUAGCUUCGCCCGGUCGUACCAGGAUAGCAGCCGCGCGGAGGGCAGCUUCUGCGCACGCCCGGCGAGAGUUUGUGCGUACGAAGGUGGGGGAUUCGACUGUAGCUGGAUCUUGGCGCUACGUGCGUCUUUUUUUAUGCUGAAAAGCAGAGUAUCCCGCAUUUCCGGGCGCUCGGGCAGCCCAAGUGAUGCACCUGCUUCAAGUAUACGAUACGGCUCAAUUGCGCGGCUAUCCUCGCAUCGUGCGGGUGCCCGAGUGUAUAUU